AUGUGUACCGGAAAGUGUUCUCAGUGCAUUGGGAUUGCGUUGCUACCACUUGCUAUCUGUGCUAUUAUUUCCAAUCUCCUCCUCUACUUCCCCAAUGGAGAAGUGUUAGAAGCCAGCAGGAUCACUGACUUGGUCUGGUUCUUCCAUGGCAUUCUGGGAGCUGGAAUAUUGAUUUUCUUACCGGCAGUUAUGAUGCUGGGUGCAGGCGGUGCAGGAUGGUGUGCUAACAGAUGUGGGAUGCUGCUCUCCAUUCUCUUUGCUGUGCUGGGAGCUGCGGGGGGAGUGUAUUGUGUGAUCAUCUCAUCCUUGGGGUUAAUUAAUGGUCCCCUCUGUGAUGUUGGUGAUGAGGUAUACAUCUAUCCUUUCAGGAAUGACACCUUUGUAGAUAAUUAUUUGUUUAACACGACAACAUGGAGCAUUUGCAAAAAGCCUGAAAACAUCAUCCUGUGGAACAUUGUGCUAUUCUCUCUUCUGCUGGCCAUUGGCACUAUUGAAGCUGUCCUCUGCCUCAUCCAAGUUAUCAACGGACUUGUUGGGUUCAUAUGUGGCACUUCCUUGAGGAAAAGAAAAGUCAGCGCUGAUGUUGCAGGAAUGUGACCAGCAUUCUACAUUCUGAAAGUGCAACAAUCUGCUGAUACAUGUACCACCGGUAUAGUGUGUGUUGCUCUGUAUUUAUAGGAACAAAAACCAUGGAGGAUGCUCAGAACUACA